AUGGCUUCCCAUUCGUCUGCUCUUAAGAGCAUCACAAUUGCCAAUCCGGUGCUCCAGGCAUCCGUGAAAACUGUCCUCGCCGAAUCGCUUGUAUGCGGCGAGUUCGUGGAUGUUCGGUUCUUCCUCUUCACGCGGCGGCAGCGCUCUGGCAAAGUGUGCACCCCUCGAGCACUGUAUGCGAAUAGCGCCGUACUGAAGGCGGCGUCGCCGUACUUCGUAGGAAUGCUCGCUGGUGGAUUUUCGGAGAGCAGUGUCACAGGAAAAGGCACUGGAUUUCCCGCCGAUCAGCCAUCUGUCAUGAAAGCCGACCCGUAUGCUGCCGAAGACAGUGACUAUGAAGACGAGGACGAGGACGACGAGAGUGGCGAUCCCAAGGCUGUUCAGGAUAUGCGCGACGAGGUGGCGUCAGGAUCUAAUGCAAAAGCAGCUCAUCCGGCCCAUAGUAUCCCUCCAUCGCCCGCAUCUGCAACUGCUAUUGAACAGCCGGGAGGCCGGCCGCUGCGCACGAUUGUGAUCAAAGAUGCCGCACUUACGACCUGGCAGUGGCUCGUCUAUUAUCUGUAUACUGGCGAGAUUGCAUUUGCGCCCUUACAAUCACAAGGAGCGGAGUACAGAGCCACUGAGCGCAAGCGAUACCAGACUGAACACCCGCAACAUCCACCGUUGUGCUCUCCCAAGUCUAUGUAUCGCCUCGCAGAUAUGGUGGAUCUCUCCCUCGAUUCAUCGACUCGACGAAAAUAUAGCUAG